UCUUUGACCUCUAUAUCAUCAACCGGCGCUCCCACCCUUCUGCCUUCACCUCUCAUUCGUCGUUGUAAUUAUAUCUUUUUCUGUCAAUUCCAUCCUAUUCUUCUUCUGACACCAUCGUAAUUGAUAGUCACACCUCAACUAACGGAGAAGAGGAUGAAGAUGGGAGGGGCGAAGACGGCAAUGAUCGACCGCAUCGACGGCGGAGAGGAAUCGGUCGGCUGUCUCGUCUAUCUCGGGGUGGCUCCCAACGGACUCACCUGUCUCGCCCUGAACUGGAAUGGAAGAAAGGAGACACGCGGAGCCACGUUUCAAUGGUAUCCCUGAGCGGGCCCACGGCAUCAGGCCAUACCGUGGUUCAGAAUCGUGUUUUGUGGCCUAGCGGAGACAGGGGAUCUCCUCACUCAAGUGAAACCACGGCAGGAUGCGAGGCCUGAGACGCGCCCCAUCGUCUGCGCCGAGUGGACCCACAUUGGGUAGGGUCCACACUCGAGAGUCAAAAAGGCUUGUCUCUCCCACAAAGAGAUAACAGUUUCGGCACAGCGAGAUGGAUUUUGUAGUUUCCGACACAGUUGAGGGGUAAACGUAUCAUUUCGCUCUCUUGAUUGGUGCGGUGCUCAUUAAAAGCUUGACAAAAGGACACCACCUGCCCUUUCCUUUGCCUCCCCCCCCCUACCUUUCUCAACUGCUCUCCGCCUCUAUCAUCAGCGGUGCUAAAUUUUUCGUUUGAUUUUAGAUGAACGAUAGUAGGAGGCGUAAAGGAAUUCUCUCUUCCCAAUUUAUCCUUGAAUGAUGUUGGUGUUACAUCUCCAGAGGUAGAUUUCACAGUCCUUCAGCACAUAUUUAGGGAGCAUAAGCAACAAGAAUCUUUGAUGUAGCAUAAGCUGAACCUGGAGUUCUUCAACUCUUCAAACCCUCGGUAGUAGCAUGGAUGGAAGGGGAAGGUUGGGGACAAGGAAUUGGGACUUCUGUGAUCAGUCAAAACAAGCAGGGAAGAUGCUGAAGUCGGUGUCUGGUGCUGUUCCAGCACACCAGGAGACCUCUCUUAGGAUUAGCUCCUAUCCUGCAACUGGUUCACACAGCUCUCAUCCACCCACGAUGGACUUCUCAUGGUUUCCGCAGAGAAGCUUGGUCUCCCAGUCAAAAUGUGUCGACCACCCUGCUGCAAAUCCAGUAAGUUCAGAAAUGAUCGACAUCCAAACCAUGCCGAUCGCUGAGGAGGAAACAGACGACAAAGUGGCCACUACCCCUCCGCCUAUUCCGAAGCUCCGUAAGCAGCAUUCUUCUACCAAGAAAUCUGGUCGUGUCGCCGCCAAGGUAUUGCGACCGAAAGAGCCAAAGAAACAGCUCCCCAACCCCACGAAGAAGAAAGGAGGCUCUUCGUCCACAGGAAAACGCGAGAAGAAGAAUCAAGACAGCGUUGCAGAGCAGGGAACGAUGCUUGAUAUCUCGAGCGUUCCUGUGCCCGUUUGCUCAUGUACCGGCGUGCCACGCCAAUGCUACAGAUGGGGGUCAGGCGGAUGGCAAUCCUCCUGCUGCACCACAACCAUUUCCGAGUACCCUCUUCCGAUGAGCCCCACCCGGCCCGGCGCUCGCCUGGCCGGAAGAAAGAUGAGCAUUGGCGCAUACGGGAAGCUGCUGCAGCGACUCUCAGCCGAAGGUUUCGACCUGUCGUACGCGGUAGACUUGAAGGAUCACUGGGCGCGGCAUGGCACCAACAAGUUUGUCACCAUCAGGUAGCAUGUAAGGGAAAGCAAGAUUUGCUUUCCUCUUGUCGCUGCUGAUUUGUGUUCGAGCUGUGUGUUGUACAGUAGAAGACUUCCUUGUAAGCAUGUUUAGUCGAGUGAGUGGGUGUGUUGGUGUGUGAGGGACGACACUAAAGGUAUCACCUUUUUUGGGGACAUCACAACGCACCAGAGAGAGGACAAAGUGCUCCACUGGGAAGACAGUCUAACUCAGAGUUGAUGGCUUUUCCAUGGCUUCACUCAGAAGCAUCAUCAUCGUCGUCAA